AGCUCUGCUCCUCCUCGGAUGGAGCCAGAAACAGAUGCUCAGGAAGAAAAACAACACUGGAAAAGCACAGCGAGACGAUCCACUCAAAACCCACGAGAGGAUAACUUCGAAGGCCCUUCCUCUUCUUUUAAGAAGCUAUGUCCUGCCAAACCCUCCCCCAGCUUUCUUGAGCUUCCAUCUUCCCAACGGAGGCCCAGCCCAGGUCUACCCUGUGCCCAGGCUGCCAGGAAAGGACAGAAAAAAUUCACCCCUGAUCAUCAGCCACAGGAAUGCUACGGCCUACUGGAGUGCAUGCACAACAACAUCCAGAUCCAAACCCAGAUCGCUCUGGCACAAUUGAGCAUCCUGGAAGGCUUGCAGGAAUCCAUGAACUUGCUUCUGGCUAGCGACAAGAAGGGGAAGGAGCAGAGAGACCAGGAGGGCCUGCAAAACUCAGCCUCCUCCCCCACCUAACAUAUCCAUAGGUUUGGUGACUAGCUUUGAUUCCCAUAGUCUCAUCCCUGCGGCCUCGUCUCCUUUGCGUUCAC